CCCUCCCUCCGUUCUCUCUCUCCUCCUCUCCCUCCCCCCCGUUCCCCUAUGCUCAGUUCGGUGUGUGUCUCCUCUUUCAAAGGGCGCAAGGGUGGGAACAAGUCGGCCAACAAAGCAUGUUACAGCGCAGACAUGACUUGUCGGUCAGACAACGAGAAAAUCGUGAUAAACUGCGGCGGGGUGAGACACGAGACGUACCGAAGCACUUUGAAGACGCUGCCGGGGACCCGCUUGUCGUGGCUCACCGAACCGGACGCGUUUAGCAACUUCGAUUACGACCCCAAAUCCGACGAAUUCUUCUUCGACCGCCACCCGAACACCUUCGCGUUCAUACUUAACUACUACCGCACGGGCAAGUUGCACUGUCCGAACGAUGUGUGCGGACCACUCUUUGAAGAAGAGCUCGCUUUUUGGGGUAUCGACGAGACGGAUGUGGAGGCUUGCUGUUGGAUGAACUAUCGACAGCACAGAGACGCCGAGGAGGCGUUGGACAGUUUUGAAACUCCCGAACCGGACCCGCCAGAGGACGACCCAGCACUUACGGGUGGUGCAGACGGGGAUUUGAAGAGACUGUGUCUCCAGGAGGAUGGCCGCAAACCCAGCUGGUGGAGCAUAUGGCAGCCGCGUAUCUGGGCGCUCUUUGAGGAUCCCUACUCUUCCAAAUACGCAAGGUAUGUGGCAUUUGGCUCCCUCCUCUUCAUCCUCAUCUCCAUCUCCACCUUCUGCUUGGAGACGCACGAGGCCUUUAACACCAUCUACAACAAGACAGAGAACUUCACAGUAGGUAACGAGACACACGAGGAGGUCGUGUUCGAGGUGGUGACGGACAGCUGGCUCACGUACGUGGAGGGUGUGUGCGUCAUCUGGUUCACUAUCGAGGUGUUCACCCGUGUCAUCUUCUGCCCGGACAAAGCCGAGUUCUUCAAGAGCUCACUCAACAUCAUCGACUUCGUGGCCAUUCUGCCCUUCUACCUGGAGGUGGCGCUGAGCGGCCUGUCCUCCAAAGCCGCCAAAGACGUGCUGGGCUUCCUCCGAGUGGUCCGUUUCGUUCGUAUCCUGCGUAUCUUCAAGCUCACGAGGCAUUUCGUGGGUUUGCGAGUUUUGGGCCACACGUUGCGUGCCAGCACCAACGAGUUCCUCUUGCUCAUCAUCUUCCUUGCGUUGGGUGUCCUCAUAUUUGCCACCAUGAUAUAUUACGCUGAACGGAUAGGCGCCGACCCGGCCGACCCUACCGCCAGCGCUCACACCGCCUUCAAGAACAUCCCCAUCGGGUUCUGGUGGGCCGUGGUCACCAUGACGACACUAGGGUACGGGGACAUGUACCCGGAAACGUGGUCAGGCAUGUUGGUGGGCGCUCUGUGUGCCCUGGCGGGCGUGUUGACCAUUGCUAUGCCCGUGCCUGUCAUCGUCAACAAUUUCGGCAUGUACUAUUCCCUGGCCAUGGCCAAACAGAAGCUUCCCAAGAAAAAGAACAAGCACAUCCCACGAGCGCCGCAGCCCGGCUCGCCCAACUACUGCAAGCCCGACGCCCUCGCCAUGGCGACCGCCUCUCCGCGUAGGAUCGUGGGAAACGUGAUUGGUGGUAUGGUGGGCUCAGGCAGCAUGGGUGGAGACUGCCCCUUAGCGCAAGAGGAAAUCAUCGAGAUCAACAGAGCAGACUCAAAGCAGAAUGGGGAUGCGGCAAACGCGGCCCUGGCCAAUGAAGACUGUCCCACCAUAGACCAGGUGCUGGGCCCUGAUGACAAGAGUCCUGCCACAGGGGGGUUGGGAUCAGGCACGGGCCGCGAACGCUACCCUCAUGACCGCGCCUGCUUUCUGCUCAGUACUGGAGAGUUUCGCACCACAGACAGCAACGUCAGGAAAGGUUGUGUCGUGUCAUGCGUUUCGACUGGCUAUGAGAAGUCCCGCAGCCUGAACAAUAUUUCAGGAAUGACAGGAGCGCCCCUGCGCCUCACUCCUAUCACCCCCAUCAACAACUCCCCUUAUGAGCCCUAUCAAUCCCCAGGACCACUACGCCGCUGCCGCUCCCCCAUCCCUUCCAUUUUGUAG